UGUCCACUGGUCUGCUGGCUCGCCGUUACGCCUCCCUCCCCGCGCAUCCCAUCCCAUCCCAUCCAUCCCAUCUCCACGCCGCGCCUCCCACUUGCGUGCAUCUCCAGCCUCUGCGACGCGUGCCGUGCUACCCCAGCUCCACCGCGCUGCCGCCGCACUGCGCGCGCAGUCGCCGCCGUCGUAGCUGCACGCUCCUGGCACCGGCCGCUGGCGGAGUCGAUGGAGUAGCCAGAGCGCGCCGAACUGCCCGUCGCGCGCCUUGAUGUUCCGCGAUCAGCGAAGCUCGGUUGAAGAGGACAGGAGCGAGCGCUUCACGCGAGACAGAAUGCAGCCCACGCCAGGGGAGCCAGCUUACCAGAGGCCAACGCCAACCACGCAACAAACACCUAGCACCGCGCGCCCUUUGACCUCGCCCACCACGCCCGCCGCCCAUCACCCAACCUACCCCCAUAACUCGCCCCAUCACCAUCGCGCACCCACGUCGCCCGCCCAGACCGAGCAGCUCCCGCCGCUCAGCACGGCCCUCUACACGGCAUCCAAGUCUUCCUACUACGAUCCGACCUCAGAUCAUGGCGUAGGACAGCCCCACGGCACCGCUGCGCGUUACGAGAGCCACUAUCCAUCACAGCAGACUCGAGAUCCGCACGCCUACCCGGACACUCGCCCGCCGCAGAGCCCGUACAACAACCCGUACCGCUCGCCUGUCGCCAGCUCCUUUCCACACCACUCGCCGCUGCAGCGCCCGGCCUCCAACGGCCGCAUCGCCGCCAGCAUGGAGGCAAUGUCCCACUCGCCCGCGUCUCCGAGCGCCUAUCACGCAAUGAACCACGGAGCUGUGCAGCCGCCGCCACAGCACUAUGAGCGGCGGCCGUCGGUGAAGGAAGAGGCCCCUCCGCCCGCGCCAAAGCGCGACCCCAUGUCGCUAUCCAGCAUCAUGGACUCUGGCGCCGACCCCGAGCCGCCCUCCAAACCUCAACAGCUGCCUUCGAUCAACGACUCCCGCGCCUUCUCCAAACCCUCGCCCAACCCGCUCUACGUCAAACAGGAGGCAGUCCUGUCGCCGGCACCCGCCGACCUGCCAUACCAGGACCCCCGAGCGGUACACUACGAAAGCAUGCCGCCCGUCGGCAGUGCGCCCCCGCCAUCACGGCUCGUGCCCCGCGAGCUUCCCGCUCCCGAUGAGGCUGCCGUCGAAGCCGCCCUGGCUCAUAUUGAGACGAAUGAGAUGAAGGACGUAGACACCUUUGGCAUAGAAUAUCAGCAAGAAAAGGACGAAUAUGCAUUGCAGACUCGCAAGCAUGCCCUUGAAGUGGAGGCCACGGAAAGCAGCAAACGCAAGCGGCGGCGUCAUGCUACCUUAUCGCGCUUUAUUGACGUCUCGAGUGCUCACCGCGAUAUCGCCAAACAGACAUACAGUGUCGAGCAUGAGUCCGAGGCCUGGCAGCAGGUUCAGAACCAGGAGAUUGCCGAGGAAAAGGAGCGCAAGAAAGACAUGCAACGCAAGCGGCGGCGAGAGAAGACGAUACAAAACGAAGAGCAGAAGCGGGAGGAGGCUUUGCAGCGAGCCAACGCGGCGGAAAAUGAGGAAGAGCGGGAGAAACAUCUGCGCGAAGCUUCAAAGGCUGAACGGAAGGCAAAGACCACUAGUCAGCUCCUCCAGGGCAACGCGCCUAGCAAGGAUUUCCGAGAGGUCACUCCGCACGAGCCCAACUUCAUCGGAGGUACGAUGAGCUCCUUCCAAGCGUCGGAUGAACUGGGUGGAAAGCGCAAGGGCGGUCGAUCCGGCGGGCGUCUUAAGAAGAGUAAGGAACAGAAGCAGGCAGAGAAGGAUGCUGCCGCUGCUGGCCAGGCUGCCCUCGAUCGCGGAGACGAGCUUCCACCUAUUGCGCCUCGAGAAGAGGCCCGUCUUGACGCACUGAAAAGCCGAAGCGGGACAGAAGACCUGGGUCCCAUUACCCUCACAUCUUACAACUCCCAGGCAUAUCAGAAUCUCUACAACCAAAUAUGGAAAGACAUCGCAAAGAAGGACGUUCCUAAAGUAUUCAGAAUCAAGGACAAUUCACUGGCCACUAAGCAGUCCAACCUGCGCAAGACUGCACAAUUGGCCUCUAAGGAAGCUCGCCGAUGGCAGAUGCGCACGAAUAAGAGCAUGAAGGAUGUUCAAGCCCGGGCGAAGCGAAGCAUGCGUGAGAUGCUCGGAUUCUGGAAGCGGAACGAGCGCGACGAGCGAGACCAGCGCAAAAUGGCCGAGCGAGCAGAGCUGGAGAACGCACGGAAAGCGGAAGCAGAGAAGGAAUCCAACCGCCAGAAGAGGAAGCUCAACUUCCUUAUCCAGCAGACCGAACUUUACUCCCAUUUCAUCGGCAAAAAAGCCAAGACCGAGGAAAUCGAGCGGUCGACCGACGAUGCAGAUGCCGCAGCCGACAGCUCAGCUCCCGCAGCCGGGCCCUCCAUCAACGUAUCGCAUGACGGCGCGCCUGCCGGGAAGGUCACCGACUUCAAAGACCUUGACUUCGACAAUGACGACGAGAGCGCCUUGCACGCUGCUGCCAUGGCCAAUGCCCAACACGCUGUUAAAGAAGCUCAAGACCGAGCUCGCGCGUUCAACAACACUGGUGGCGAAGAUGAAGACGAAGGAGAGCUCAAUUUCCAGAACCCAUCGGGCCUACAAGACGAGAAGGACUUCAUUCCUCAACCAAAAUUGCUCAAUUGCACGCUGAAAGAAUACCAGCUGAAGGGUCUCAAUUGGCUUGUCAACCUAUACGAGCAAGGUAUCAACGGUAUUCUCGCUGACGAGAUGGGUCUCGGAAAGACUGUACAGUCGAUCUCCGUCAUGGCUUAUCUGGCUGAGAAGCACAACUACUGGGGCCCGUUCCUGGUCAUUGCGCCCGCCUCUACGUUGCACAAUUGGCAGCAGGAAAUCGCCAAGUUUGUUCCGGAUUUCAAAGUCAUCCCGUACUGGGGCACUGCUGGAGACCGAAAAAUCUUGCGAAAGUAUUGGGACAGGAAACACCGCGUGUAUAACCGCGAGUCACAAAUGCACGUCCUCGUUACAUCUUAUCAGCUGGUCGUACAGGACGCGCAAUAUUUCCAGAAGAUGCACUGGCAGUACAUGAUUCUCGAUGAAGCUCAGGCAAUCAAGUCGUCCCAGAGUUCGCGCUGGAAGAGCUUACUGGGUUUCAAUACACGCAAUCGUCUGCUUCUCACUGGUACACCCAUCCAGAACAACAUGCAAGAACUCUGGGCACUUCUGCAUUUCAUCAUGCCAAGCUUGUUCGACUCUCACGACGAGUUCAGCGACUGGUUUUCUAAGGACAUUGAAAGCCACGCACAGAGCAACACAAAGCUUAACGAGGAUCAGCUGAAGCGUCUACACAUGAUCUUGAAGCCGUUUAUGCUCCGGCGUGUCAAGAAGCAUGUCCAGAAAGAGCUUGGUGACAAGAUCGAACUGGACGUCUUCUGUGAUCUGACCUAUAGGCAGCGAGCGUACUACACCAGUCUUCGCAACAAGAUCAGCUUGAUGGAUCUUAUUGAAAAAGCGGUGGGAGACGAGCAAGACAGUGCUACGCUGAUGAAUCUCGUCAUGCAAUUCCGUAAGGUUUGCAAUCACCCAGAUCUGUUCGAACGAACGGAUACCUGGUCGCCCUUCUCCUUCGCACACUAUGCCGAGACGGCCUCUUUCAUGCGCGAAGGCCAAAACGUCAAUGUAGCAUACUCUACCCGGAAUCUGAUCGAGUAUCGUCUGCCGCGCCUCGUCUGCCGAAAUGGUGGUCGGCUUGACAUAGCAGGAUCGGAAAACCCCAAGGCCGGAUUCAAAGGGCAUUACCUCUACAACCUGAUGAACAUCUGGAGCCAAGAUAACGUCCAGCAGUCCUCUAAGGAGAACGGCGCGUUUUCAUGGCUUGGUUUGGCGAAUGUGUCAGCUUCAGAGGCAUCUAAGAUUGCACGGAAAGACUUGUUUCGACGAGCCGUUGAUCUUUCUGAUCAAACAAAGCAGCUAGCCCGCUUCAACAUCCUGUAUGAUGAGGAAGCCGGCGCAUAUGCGCCUAAACAUUCGAUGCUCAACAUCGUCGAACGCCAGGACCGAGUUGCACUGGCCGAGGUUACUACCAAUGGCUACAUGCAGAACUUGCUCAACGUGUCCCAAGCAUCAUUCGAAGAGACUGGUCUUAACAUUAUCGAGCCAUGCGCCAAGCCGGCCGCGUCCGCCCCUCCAGUUGAGCUAUACUGCUCCAGCCAAGGUGUCAUAGCAGAGAAGCAAAACACAUUCUUCAAUACCUACAUGCGCAACGCAUUAUAUGGCUUCUCUCAAAACUCCGAACGCGAGCAAACCCUCCUAGAGUCGAAGGCUGUUACUUCCGACCUUGCCGUGGCGGGCAAACUCCCGUCACCGACAAAUACACGAACACGCUAUGGCCACAUCGAUGUGCCUUCCAUGCAGCGCUUCGUGACGGACUCUGGCAAGCUUGCCAAGCUGGACGCGCUUCUCAAGGACCUCAAGGCGAAUGACCAUCGGGUCCUACUCUACUUCCAGAUGACAAGGAUGAUGGAUAUGGUGGAGGAAUACCUCACCUACCGGAAGUACAAAUACUGUCGUCUGGACGGUUCCACCAAGCUCGAGGAUCGUCGCGAUACAGUCGCGAAAUUCCAAGCGCCCGGCUCCGACAUAUUCGUCUUCUUGCUGUCAACACGCGCUGGUGGUCUGGGUAUCAAUCUCGUGGCAGCCGAUACCGUCAUCUUCUACGACUCGGACUGGAAUCCUACAAUUGAUUCACAAGCUAUGGAUCGUGCACAUCGUCUCGGACAAACUAGGCAGGUUACAGUGUACCGCCUCAUCACCCGUGGUACAAUUGAAGAACGCAUCCGGAAGCGUGCGUUGCAGAAGGAAGAAGUGCAGCGCGUCGUCAUUUCCGGAGGCGCAGGUGCCCAGGUCGAUUUCAACACUCGGUCUCGCGAGAACCGCACCAAGGAUAUCGCCUUGUGGCUUGCAGACGAUGAGCAAGCUGCUGAGAUUGAGAAGAAGGAGGCCGAACUCGCAGAGGCGGAGAAGAACGCACCCGCCGGUAAGAAGCGCAAGCGGACGAAGAAGGUGGCAGAGGCCAGCUUAGACGACAUGUAUCACGAGGGCGAAGGUCACUUCGACACCAGCGAGAGGCCCAGCGGUGCAGCUACACCGCUGUCCAACGCGGAAGCUCCACCCGGAGGCAAGCGGCGCAAGGGCAUGACCAAGAAGGCGAAGACGGCAAAGCAGCGCCUUGCUGUGGCCGAUGGCCAGGUCUAGAAAAACACACCACGCCGACCACACAUCUCACACGCACACACUGUACCACUGUACCACCACCACGUAUACAUCAUACACAUUUCUACCCAUUAUUUGCGCAAGGCGUCAUGUGCAUCUGAUCCGAUCUUAUCCGGCAUUUCAGGACCUGGGUCGGGUCUCCUCGUUGUUUGUUUUCUUUAUUUAAUCUUGUCUGUUUGGUAUCGGAUUGUUUGUAUCACCACUGCUUGUGGCGAACCUUUGUUGUUGUGGAAGAGUGUAAUAGUAGAUUCUUCAAGCACGGAAUGGGGUGUUUGUGUUUGGUUUAGAUCGUGUUCUAGGGAGCAUGUACGUGAUAGUCUCAUAGCGGACUUACGUCAAGAGGCGUGGGGAGCGGUAGCUGCGUUGGCAAAAAUACAUGGCA